CGGAGGGUGAGCUGAUCCUCAGUAUUUGUGCUUGUGUGUGUGCGCGCGUGUGUGAGAGGAAGGAAGAGACGAAAGAGAGACCUGCUCACACGGAGACCCACUCCCUCACACACUCUCGCUCUCUUCUCUCUCUUUCUCGGAGCCGGGGGAGAAACCGGGAAGGCAAGAAUGAGGAAGAGGUCCGCUGCGCUGCGCGCCUCGUUUCAGCGAAUGCGGGAUUGCUGAUGAAGCGCCGCUCCGGUCAUCCGAGCAUACAGGUCACUCAGGUCGCGCUGCAUGGAAACAAGGAGUAGGCAAGAAGAGCAAAAGAUAACGGCAACACAUAAAGGGAAAACACUGUGUGUGCAUGGGAAUCCGGACUACUCUUCCCUCCCUUUGUGCGUCUCGGUGGUUGGAUACGCUGUCCUGACUAGCGUAUAAGAGCUCCCUGCGUCUCCAUUACCGUUCCCCACUACGGGCUUUACCUCUGCCACCACUCCUCCUGCUAUCACUCCUUCUACUUGCUGGCAUUGCAAGAAAAGCUGUAUUACUACUCUACUACGAACUGUCAACUCCGGAUUGAAAAAGGUUCAACAUCCCCAUUAAACUUCAGCAGAGAGUUCCAGUUUUACCAUCAACAUGGGCUACAGGUACCAGUCUUCUGUCAUAUCUCCUGCGCUGAGACUAGCAGUUGUUACUGUGAUCCUCCUCCUCGAACCCCGGACCAUACUGGCUGGCACCGCUCCUGAGCAAAGCCUGGGCAGCUCUGUUUCAGCCGUGUCUACAAAUAAAACGGAGUGCAGCAAGCCUGAAGAGUGUGCAAACGGGGUGCUGCUACCGAUUUGGGAGCCCCAAAACCCAUCGUUUGGGGAUAAGGUUGCCAGGGCAACAGUUUAUUUUGUGGCUCUGGUCUACAUGUUCCUUGGUGUGUCAAUCAUUGCAGACCGUUUCAUGGCGUCAAUAGAGGUCAUUACAUCACAGGAAAAAGAGAUUACCAUCAAGAAGCCCAACGGAGAAACCACCAAAACUACGGUCCGGAUCUGGAACGAGACUGUCUCUAAUCUCACCCUCAUGGCUCUGGGCUCAUCUGCUCCUGAAAUCCUACUAUCUGUUAUAGAAAUAGUGGGUCAUGGGUUUGAGGCUGGCACACUGGGCCCAUCUACUAUUGUGGGUUCUGCAGCGUUCAACAUGUUUGUCAUCAUUGGGCUGUGCGUGUAUGUUGUGCCCGAUGGCGAGACAAGGAAGGUCAAGCACCUCCGCGUCUUCUUUGUCACCGCUGCCUGGAGUAUCUUUGCCUACAUAUGGCUCUACCUGAUCCUGUCAGUGAUCUCCCCUGGUGUUGUGCAGGUCUGGGAAGGCCUGCUCACAUUCCUCUUCUUCCCCAUCUGCGUCGUGUUUGCCUGGGUGGCAGACCGCCGGCUGUUGUUCUACAAGUACGUGUACAAGCGGUACCGCACCGGCAAGCAGCGUGGCAUGAUCAUUGAGACGGAGGGAGAUCGUCCGCUUCCUUCCAAGGUGGACAUUGAAAUGGAUGGAAAGAUGCUGAACUCUCAUGGUGUUGACUUCCUGGAUGGUCCACUGGGUUUGGAUAUAGAUGAGAAGGAUUUGGAUGAGGAAGAGACCCGCAGAGACAUGGCUAAGAUCCUGAAGGAGCUCAAACAGAAACACCCUGACAAGGAGGUGGAACAACUCAUUGAACUGGCCAACUACCAAGUCCUGAGCCAGCAGCAGAAAAGUCGAGCUUUCUAUCGGUGCCAGGCCACUCGACUCAUGACAGGUGCUGGCAAUAUUCUGAAGAAACACGCUGCUGAUCAGGCGCGAAAGGCUGUCAGUAUGCACGAGGUUCGCUCUGACGCUGGUGACAAUGAUCCAAUCUCUAAGAUCUUUUUUGAGCCGGGCUCCUACCAGUGUCUUGAGAACUGUGGCACAGUGGCUGUGAAUGUGGUGCGGCGAGGUGGUGAUCUGGCCAAAACCAUUUCUGUGGAGUAUCGGACGGAAGACGGCACAGCCAACGCCGGCUCUGACUACGAAUUCACGGAGGGCGUCGUGGUGUUCAAGCCGGGCGAGACCAUGAAGGAAAUUCGCGUGGGCAUCAUCGACGACGACAUCUUUGAGGAGGAUGAAAACUUUCUUAUUCACAUUUCCAAUGUCAAGGUUUUGACCUCAGAAGGUGAGGAGCCAGAGGAAAACGAAUCAGCUAAUCAUGUGGACUCUGUGGCGUGUAUUGGCAUACCAUCGACCGCCACCGUUACCAUAUUCGACGAUGACCACGCCGGUAUCUUUACCUUCGAGGAACCUGUUUGCCAUGUCAGUGAGAGCGUUGGUACAAUGGAGGUGAAAGUGCUGAGAACCUCUGGAGCUCGCGGUGUGGUCAUGCUGCCAUACAAGACGGUGGAAGGGACUGCUCGAGGCAACGGGGAGGACUUUGAAGACACCCAUGGCGUCCUUGAAUUUCAAAAUGACGAGAUUUUUAAAACCAUCAAGGUGAGAGUAAUUGAUGACGAGGAGUAUGAGAAGAACAAAACCUUCUACAUUGAGAUCGGGGAGCCUCGCCUGGUGGAGAGCGACGACGCCAAAGGUCGGGAAGAGGAAGAAAAGCCAAAGGCAGAGGGGGAGGAAGAAGAGCCUCUGACAGGAAAAGACGAAGAGGAUCGACGUAUAGCGGAAAUGGGCCGUCCCAUGCUUGGAGAUCAUGUCAAACUGGAGGUCAUCAUUGAGGAAUCAUACGAGUUUAAGAACACUGUAGACAAGCUGAUAAAGAAGACCAACCUGGCUCUGCUGGUAGGAACCAACAGCUGGAGAGACCAGUUCAUUGAAGCCAUCACUGUAAGCGCAGGUGAAGAUGACGAUGACGAGGAGUGCGGUGAGGAGAAACUCCCCUCAUGCUUUGACUACGUCAUGCACUUCCUCACCGUCUUCUGGAAGGUUCUGUUUGCCUUCGUCCCGCCCACUGACUACUGGAGCGGCUGGGCCUGCUUCGUUGUCUCCAUCUGUAUGAUUGGACUACUUACUGCUGUCAUUGGGGAUCUGGCGUCUCAUUUUGGCUGCACCGUGGGUCUGAAGGACUCGGUCACAGCGGUUGUAUUUGUGGCACUAGGAACUUCUGUGCCAGAUACAUUUGCCAGUAAAGUUGCAGCUAUACAAGAUCAGUAUGCAGAUGCAUCCAUUGGUAAUGUGACGGGCUCCAAUGCUGUCAACGUGUUCCUGGGCAUUGGGGUGGCGUGGUCCAUCGCCGCCAUUUACCACAACAGCAAGGGCCGUGAGUUUAAGGUGGACCCUGGCACUCUGGCUUUCUCCGUUACACUCUUCACCAUAUUUGCCUUUAUCACCGUUGCCACGCUGAUGUACCGACGGAGACCAGAAAUCGGCGGGGAGCUUGGCGGGCCUCGGACUCCGAAGGUCCUGACCACCAUGCUGUUCAUCAGCCUGUGGCUUCUCUACAUUCUCUUCUCCUCACUGGAGGCCUAUUGCCACAUCCAAGGCUUUUAAGAGAACGCAAGACGCCGAAGAGAGAAGGGCGGGACGGAGGAACAAGAAGGAUGGAAGAAAGGGAAAAUAAAGGAAUGGAUUCUUUGAAAUUAAGGUUGUCUUAUUGAUCUAUUACUCCCUACCUUUUGUGCAAUACAUAAAAUGACAAAUGAAUGGAUGUAUGUACAGACGAAGGACUUUCAGAUGCACUCGAGCAUCGGAAAAGGCAGUGUAAGGAAGCAACGAUGCAUGGAAGGACUUCAUACUUGAGAAUCUAAGCCACUACAGAAAUUUUUCAACUGAUGGGGAAAAGGAAUAAAAAAAAAAAUAAUAAUAAUUACUUUUUUUUUUUUUCCCUCACGCCACAAAUGCACACACACCAAGCUAUCUUGACCAAAUCCAUGUUCAAACACAUAAAACAGAUUUACUGGCAUGCAUAGAUGUAAUACUGUAAAUGUCUUUUGUUCCAGCUCAAUCUGAGAUAGAAAAUCCCAAAUCACGUCAUGGGGCGGGACAUUUAAUCAGAUCCUCACUGUUCCAAGUGUGAAGAUGUGGCCUAAACAGCACGAUCUGCAGACCUCCUCAACUUGGAGCAAUGAAUUCCUUUCCGUCCAGCUCCAAACGUGUCGGGAUGUGCGCGCAUGUCCAGGCAAAGCUCGAUACACACACACAAAAAAAAAAAAAAAACGUUAUUCUUGGCCACAUUCGCUUAUUGACAACAAACUCUGUGUCUGCAGGAGUUACGACGGUGUGUUUAUGUGCUUAGGCGCGAUAGGAAGAUGGUAAACUACUGUGAAAAAUAAAUGCCUCUUGUUUUUUGCUGUUGCUGCGUAAGACAAAAAUGCUAUUGUACCUGAGAUCUUCUUGACUUUCUCAGCUUGUAGAAAUGCUGAUUUGGACUUGUGGGAGGGGCUCGUUCCGUGUGGGCGAAACUUCGAUCAUUGCUGCGGUGGCACGUGUACAUACUCUGAGGCGGACGUACGUUUCAGCUCGAUUGACUUCAUUCUGAAUGUCUCGGUUAUGCCACACGCCCCUCAAGUGUGGGCCCUUAUUCUGUCGCUUAUACUGUAGAUGUAAACAAUUUAAGAUCCUAUCUGAAUCAGAGUUGGUGGUGGGGGGUUAGUGUGCUUUUACCUUUAAUAAGGCCAUGUCUGAGAAGACAGACUGGCCGCUCUACCGUUGAAAACUGUCAGAGAAACCAUAGUCGUUGCAUUGAUAUCAAAGUUAAACUUGUGUGUGUGUUGCUGUUGUUCUUUUUUUUUUUUAUCUAGGACUCUGUUUUUUAACUAUUUAGAUUUCUGCAACCAUAUUUCUGUCAAAUCAUUGCAAUAUAAUUUGAAAAAUAAUAUAGAUGCAAAUAUCUGCUAAACCUGAUGGACCAUCUGUCAGUUUGAUUCACUCAACAACUUUGGACUAUAUCCUGUCUCCUUAGAAACCUGUUGGCUGUUCAGUGGACUAUUUGAAUAUAUCUAAUAUCAAGGGCUUUGUUACAACAAACUGCUCAUUCCUGAUCCCGCCUUUUGGUUUAAAAUUGACUCUCACUUGAUUAUUGGCCCAACGGACUUGACUAGAAAUUGUAUCGCUAGUUGGAGGGAUACAAUUUCGACUGCAGCUGUGUUCCACAAAACAUCGUAUUUAGGUUCUUAAUCUACAUACACUCAAACCACCAUAAAGCUAUAGCUCUUUUCAGGGUGAAUUAUAAAGGGUUUUAACAGCAUCCUUUUGGCCAAACCCUUUUAAUGCCAUUUUGUUUUACAUAUCUUUUUUCCAAACUGUCCAUUUUCAAGACUAAGUCAGUAUAAAACAUCCUCCUCACAUGACUGUACUGAAGUAACCGUUCUGAUUUAACAUCAGCAGUCAGUAUUUAUUCCACACAUAAACACCAUUAAAUUAAUUAUGCUUAAUGCAGAGUUUUGUUCACCAGGUUGAACCAAGGUGAUGAUUUUGGAGUCCUUAUUUAAUAUAAGUGGGACUCUAAUAAGCUCUUUUGAUUUUCUGCAUGUGGAGAAUGAGCACCGGCCAAAAAGACGUCUGUUAUUCUGGAUCUAAGCCGAAACUGAAGUGCUAUGUUGGAACAGCUGAAAAUAAGACUCUAAGACCUUUUUAUGCUUCUGGUUCACUGGUGAAAUAAUAAUAAAAAAAUCCCGUUUUGCUUUAUAAUGCACAAGGUUAUUGAACACAUUUCAAUGUCUGAUUGCACACAGGGCAGUGGUCCAAAUGAGUUUAGUAAUCACUGAAAAGAAAAAAAAGUAGUUGACUUUAAAAUAUCAGCUUUGCUGUCUGUUCAUAGUACGUACCACGCAUUGCAAACGAAAGCCAAAACUCAUUGGAAACCACACAUUGGAACAGUGAACAUCCCCCUAAGAUGUUGGUGCAAAACAUGCUUGACAUCAACUUGAAAAAAAUGAGCCCAAAACAUUAAGAAGCCUUUUUUCUUACUGUGAGAGAAGUUUAGACUUCAGACUGUUAUUUUAUUUAUUCAGCUACAACCAUAAAGAUCUUGGUGUACACACACUUGUACUAUAGCACUACUGUAUGCAAGUUAAUUGGCAAGAUUUUCCCAUGUGAAAUGUUUUUUUUUUUUAACUCGAUGUUCAAUAGGCAGUAUUUUUAAACUUUAUCUGUAAAAUACUUAGUCUGGACUAGAUGUAAACCAUUGUAAACUUAGCAGUGAUCUUGUCAGAGACCGUUGUCGAUACCAGUGAGAGUCGAGCGGAGGCCUUCAUUGGAUGUAGAUCCAAAGCAUUUUGAAGGAGGACCUUUCAAAUGUUUCAGGUUUUCUAAAAUAAUCAAGUAGAGUUGCAGAAGAUUAUAGCGGAUAACACUUGAUCAGAUGAAGAUCCAGCAACAUGGCUCAGACGGCCUUUAGGUUCUUUUUUUUUAUUUUAUUUUUUUUAUGGAUUGAUAAUGAAACAAAAUGGCAGACAAAGACUGAAAUAUGUGAAGCUCCGUAUUAGACAGCGGUUGUCAUAUAAAGUCUUUGGAGUGGCAGUUUACCCCUAUUUUGCCAAAGGGAUAUCUUUCUAUCAGAAAUAUUUGUAACCAAUCCAGUCAAAGGUUUUCUAAUCAACAUCUCUUUCCAAAACACCAAAUAAACUUCACAUUUCUUUAAGAAGCUACAGGAAGUACGUGUUGUUUAAACCUAACUCAAACCUUUCUAGUUCAAUUUUUAUGUAUGUGUCUCUUCACUGGCAAGGAGCUGAAGAUUUAUACACUGUAUUCAAUUUCAACUAAAGGUAUGCUAGCACACGCAAAAAAAACAAAAACAAACAAGAAACUGCAUUGAUUUUAAAUGACUUCAAGACAUGAAUUUUCUUAGAUGCUGCAGAAUCGUGUUGGAUUUACUUUUAAAACAAGCCUACAGGAAUGAAGUACUUGCAGCAAUGCAGUUUUUUGCAUUCAGUCCCAUUUGUCGAGCAGUUUUACCAGAAGCAAACAUUUUUCUUUAGCUUAAAAGGCUGGCACUCUUUUGCAACACCAGCUUUGUUGCACACAGUUUCUAUGUUACUACCUUGACUGACGAGCUUCUCCGACACGAAGCUAACGGCAGCUCUUAGCGCGGUUUAAACCAAGGUGGAAAACUUAUUUACGGCUAGCAAAUUUUUAGCUGCAACCAGCAGGUUUGCUAGUUGGCACUGUAAAUACUAAACAGGCAGUUUUCUUAGUUUGUUUUUUUUAUUAUAAUUUGUAAACCAAUUUUUCUUAGCGAAGGAAUUGCAGUAGCUCUUCAGUUAGCAUUUUUGCUUGGGCCUCCAAGUGACGGAGUCUAGAUAACAAACAAAAAGAAAAGGAAUAUGAUGGCUAACACAAAAGAGCUGUAGACUGCAGUCAUUUGGACUUCUUUUGCUGUUUAAUGGUAGGAUUUUGAAAUGAAGAAAAAGCCUUGCACCGCUUCGUGUUGCUAAGUGAAACGGCUGCCGAACCGUUUCACUAGCAGAGUUGCUUCUGAUGUAAACAGAUUUUUUUUGGUUUUAUGACUGAUUUACACAGUAUUUACAAUGUUCCUGUAAAAAAAAUAAUAAUCCAGUGGUGUUGAAUCAGUUGUGAACCAUUAAUAAUGUUGCUACUAAUGUAAAAGUUGAUAUUUCUCCGUUGCCUAAUUCACUCCUUAACUGACCGACUGUCUGAAAGAGUGAGAAAUAAUGCAACGCUGGACAGUCAAACAAAUGAGGGAAAGGUAAGGAUGGAAGGUUUGGACACUCUCUGGUGCAAGGCGAGCAAAAAAAAAAAAUGAACCGGUACUGUUACCAGAGCUUUUCUCUACCUUUAAAGUAACGUUUAAGAGAUACAAAUACAGGAUGCUAACAAGGAAGACAGAAGGUUAAAAAAAAGAAUAUGUGGAGGAUGAAUAUAAAUAAAAAAUAAUGAAGUUACAGCCAUACAUCAAUUUCUGGGCCAGUGAGACACAAUGGACUCCUCCUGCCCAGCAUAUGUAUUGUUAUGAAGUCUUAUCUGUCCUCGUGUGUUUUCAUUCCCUCUUGAAAUGUCCUGCAAAAGUAACCAAAACGCAGUUAUUUUUCAGUUAUUUCCUCCCAAAAGCCCCCCCUUUUUACCCCCACUCUGUCUCCCCCUAUGCCACGUUUUCCAUGUUUUGGAAUGUCGAUGUGCUACUUGUUGACACUGUGCAUGAAUGAUGACAUGCCUGUACAUACGUAGUUAUAAUCGUUUCCCAUUCCUACGGUGUUAACGGGAAGAGGUUCGAAUGUUGUACAGAUUUUGAUUUUUCUGUUCAUCUUUUACUUAGUUACAGUUUGGGUGUAGAGCUAACUCUUUUUUUUUUUUUAAAUCAGACAAAGCUGCAAAGUCUCUUUGAAUUAAUUGCACAUCAUUACCAAGAUUUAUGUUAAAAAGGCAAUAUCUGCUGUUAUUGAAUGAGAGAGGAGAUGAUGGAGUUAUAUAUCUUAAAUAUAUAUGGGAAUUGCAUGGGUUAUUUGUAAAAAAAGAAAAAAAAAAAAAGAAAAUAUGGGGAAAAAAAACAUGGCUUGCUACUUUUAAUACCAUGGCUGUAUACUGACAAAUGAGGAAUACUGUAUGUACAUCUAAAUGUUAUUUUGUCUUUAAAGAAAUCAUAUUGUGUGUAUAUACUGUACAGUGUUAUCAGUGAGAUGGCCUAUAUGGCCAUACACUAACCAUAGAGGAUUAACUCAGCAUAUUUAUUUAAAAGGAAAAAAAAAACACUCGCUACACUCAAGAAUGACAUAUAUUGCCUUUUUGGAGAAGUUAAGAACUAGUCUCUCUCUCUGUGUCUUGCUCUCUCUCACUCUCUCUCACUCUCUCUCCAGAUUUUUCUUUCCUAGAAGGUGUGUUUUUACUUUUUAACUCUACGAUCUUGUUCCCUGUGCUCUUUAUUUUUCUGUUGGGGGUUUUAAAGUCAAGUGGUUGCCGUCCAUUUCAGGCCACGCCAUAUUUUCUGUUGAUCUUUUUGCAUACAGUAUGCCUGGCUGCUUUCCACACUGACUCAACAGAAUCUCCAUGUUGACCCCUACACCCCCCCUUCCCCCUGAAUUUCUGUCUUGUGCCUCCUUAUAUAGUUACGCACAACAUAUCUGCAUGUGUCCUCAGUGGUCUUUCUGUCUCAUAGUCAUUUGUCUGUAUUUAAGCUGCCAUCUGUCUUGUUCUAAACCAUCUGUUUUAUUUCUUGGUUGCAAAAUCCCUUUGCUUUCAUAUUUCUUUUUUUUUUCCCUAAUCCCUCAAAUGUAUCUUUAACUACGACAACUCUUUCUUUAAUACGCUUUUUCUGUCCUCCUUUUACCUCUCCAGCAACGUAGUUGGAGAACUUCACGUUUGUCGAUUUGGUGUGUUUUUCUUUUAAAUGGAACAAUAACACAAGUUAGGUUUGCAAUAAUUACUUUUUUUUUUCUUCUCUCAUUUUGUUUUUGAUUCUUGUGCGCCUCUUUGUUGGCAUGUACAUGUGUUUUUAAUUUUUGUUAAAUACCAAUGGAUAGGCAGAAGGUUGUUCUGUAUGUGUGUCGCCACUAACUGUGACUGCUCUCCAUGGUACUUCUGAUGAAUCCAGUAAAAUAAAGUUUGGGAUACCCAGUUUCAAAGACA